AUGCAAUCAUUCCUGGUGACAGUUUAUUAUCAAGCAUUAAUCAAAAAUAUUUAUCUCAUCGAAACUGUACUGUUCUUAUUCAAUCGAAAAUCGAGUUCAAUUAUUUAUGAAUGUGGUACGAAUGAUGUUAGUGAUCACAGUGUAGAAAGUGUUAUCGAUGACGUAAAAGAUGUUAUUAAAACAACGCGUGAGCUGAAUCCAAAAAUUAAAAUAUCAAUAACAUCUAUUCCAUUUCGUUCUCGAAAAUUGAAUGUCGGUGGCUUUAAUAAAAUAAAAGAUUAUAAUAGACAGUUGAAACAAUUGUGUAUGGAUCAGAAUGUGAAUUUUCUUCAACUGAAUUUUGAACAGGGUGACUUCAACAUAAAUACAGAAAAAGCUCCUACUGGUUUUAGAGAAAUAUUACAAACAUUUUCUUUAACACGUGCUUUUAAACCAUCAAAAACAACAAAACAAUUAAUACAAUAUAAAAAGAAAGAGUUUUAUAAAAUGAAACGUCAACAAUCACUUGUGAAAACCAUACAAUAUAAAAAACUGCGCAAUAAGGUAUUAAAUUCUAUACGUAGAGAUAAAUAUCGUCAUUUUUCCAAAAUUAAGGCACAAUUUUCAGAUUCGAAGAUUUUUUGGAAAGGUUUAAAUAGAUUUCGUAAAGGUUUUUUAGAUUAUCCGAGUAGGUUGGAGAAUGGAAACGUUAACGUGUGUACAGAUAAAAAUAAGGCAGAAAUGUUUUCUGAAUUUUUCUCUAGUUGCUAUAAGUCUUCUUCUGUUAUUGCUACUACUAAUCAACUAAUUCCAACCCCAAGUAAACUUAAUUCUAUUUCUUUUUCAGUAAUGGACGUUAGUAAUAUGAUAAAACAGUUAAAAAACAAGCGGUCAGUAGGAUUAGAUGGAAUUCAUGUAAGAUUUUUAAACCUGUGUGACGAUGUUGUAGCUACGCAAUUGCACCAUCUUUUUCAAUUUUCCAUUCAAGAAGGAAUCUUUCCCAAAAUAUGAAAAACAGCUUUAAUUAAGGCAAUUCAUAAAAAAGGAGCUCGUACACAGUGUACUAAUUAUCGUCCGAUUUCAUUAUUAUCGAACAUUAGUAAAGUUUUUGAAAUGUUAGUAUAUAAUUCACUAUUAAGUUAUUUGAAUAAAACGUGUUUUUUCUCGCAUGUUCAGUUUGGCUUUCGACCUAAUUCAUCUACUGUAGAUGCUUUAUUGCAUGUCACUAUAGAAUUAGCGAAGCUUUCAGAAAGUAAACAGUUAGCGGUUAGUGUUGCUUUUGAUUUUGCGAAGGCGUUCGAUCGGGUAAAUCAUCCUGUUUUGUUAGAGAAGAUUGCUAGAACAGGUGUAUGUGAUUCUUUACUUGAAUGGUUUAAAUGUUAUUUAACUAACCGGCAGCAAACAGUAGUCGUAAAUAACCAAAAAUCUAACGUUGUGCACGU